AUGGAAGACAAGAAGCGUAUUCUAAUUAUUGGUGCAGGAGUGUCGGGAUUGACUGCGAUCAAGAGUUGUUUGAAAGAACAUCUGCAACCAGUCUGCUUCGAACGAGACGAUCAGCUGGGUGGCAUUUGGUACUACACCGAAGACCUGAGACCCGGUCAAUCGUCAGCUGCCUAUAAAAGUAUUAUCUCCAACAACUCAAAGGAAACAUUAUGUUUCUCUGAUUUUCCAUUUCGAAAAGAAGAUCAAGCAUUAGUGACAUAUGACACAAUUACUCAAUAUCUCGUCAAUUACGCUGAUCACUUUGGAUUAGGCAAGUAUAUCCAUUACAACAGAAAUGUUGUCAAAGUUGAAAUGUGCAAAUACUAUGAAACUACUGAACAAUUGGAUGUAUCAUACGUGGAAGGUGGCAGUGGGGUUGGUGACGUCACAGUGGAAACAUGUGACGGUAUAAUGGUGUGUAGCGGCGGGGGAUUAGGAAAACCAUACAUUCCUGCUAUUCCAGGGCUGGAUAAAUUUAAAGGAAUUACAAUUCAUGGAAAUGCCUAUAGACAACCUGCUCCAUUUAUUGGGAAAAAGAUCAUAGUGGUUUAUUUCUGUGUACGUAGACCAGUUAUGGUCAUGACACGUAUCUCACUUGAUGGUGGCUGGAAUCCGGACAUGUUCCUAACACAACGACUACGACAAAUGUUGCCUGCUUGGUUCAGUAAUUAUAAAUUUAAUACUAUUCACAGUUCUGCAACACAAAAAUCACCUGGAACCAUGGUAAAUGAUGAAAUACUAUAUCGUAUUGCUUGUAACCUUGUGAAUGUUGUCCCAGAAAUAGCCAGGAUAACUGAGACAAGUGUGGAGUGUAUCAAUGGCAAAGUUAUUGAUGACGUGGAUGUUAUUAUCUUGGCUGCCGGAUACGAGAUAUCGUAUCCCAUUAUUGAUGAAACAUUAAUCUUUGAUAAAAAAGAGAAGAAGAAUAUUUAUCGAUACAUACUACCAGUAGGAUUGAAACAUAACAUACUGUUGAUAAUUGGUAGUUUACUAAACCUGUACCUUACAACAUGGAGUGCGUUAGAACUUCAAUCACGUUGGAGUGCCAGACUAUUAAGUGGACGUCUAAAUCUUCCAAAUAUGAAGACCAUGAUUAAUGAUGUUCGUAUACGACCUCGUGUCGGAAGAACAUAUGCUCCACUGCCAUGCACUUCAUAUCAAGAUGACCUUGCAAGAGAUAUUGGUGCAUUACCGACUUUCUGGAAUUUACUUAUUCCAGACCCACGACUUCUCUAUGCAUAUUAUCUUGGUCCCGCUAUUGCCGCAUGGUAUCGUCUUCGGGGCCCUGCUGCAUGGGGAGGAGCUAAGAAGACCACCUUAAGCACGUGGGACAAUAACAAAUAUUCACUCAAUCAAACUACAAAAGUUAUGAAAAGUUUAGUUCUUGCAAGUAGUCUAUGCUUUGUUUAUCUGUUAAUUAAUCAAGAGAAAGCUCGUCAAUUUAAUAAUUCACUAUACAGUAUGCUUACAAUUACAAACAAAUGA